AAUGUCACGUGUGACAUGAAAACCGUAAGGGGGGACAAUUGGUUCCCGUCAAAACUUAUGUGUGUUGUAUAUACUGCUCUUGUGUUGCAUGGCAAUACAGUAAUUGAAUACAUGUUGUAAUUAAUAUCGUUUGACAGCUGACAAAAAAUAUUAAUCAUGGCUUACCCGGUAAUCAUAUUUCUGCUAUUUGGACAAAAAUACUCUAGUGCAAUGUAUGGAGCAACUGAUUCUGAAACACAAGUGAAUCCAGAAGUGCAACAGUGGUUUGUUGCUGUUGAUAGAGACGGCAGUGGAAGAAUUACAGCUACAGAAUUAAAAGCUGCAUUGGCAAAUGGGCAAGGGGGUACAUUUUCAGAUACUGCUUGCAGACUUAUGAUAGGAAUGUUUGAUAAGGAAAAAAGUGGUACAAUAGAUCUAUAUGAAUUUCAAGCUCUUUAUAACUACAUUAACUCAUGGUUAGGUGUUUUUCGUGGCUUUGAUCAUGAUAAUUCUGGAAGCAUACAAGAAAAUGAAUUAAGCGCAGCAUUAACACGAAUGGGAUAUAGAUUAAGCCCAGAAUUCAUAUCGUUUCUUAUAAAAAAAAGCGAUCCUAAUGGCCAUUCUUACAUUACUAUUGAUCAGUUUAUUGUAUUGUGUGUUCAAAUUCAAAGAUUUACAGAUGCUUUUCGAGUAAGGGAUACUGAACAAACAGGUGUAAUUAGUAUUGGAUUUGAAGAUUUUCUAGGUGUUGCGCUUAACUGUAGUGUAUAACAAUUCUUUUUUGUAACACUCAUUAAAUUUAAUAUAAUUUAUUCUGAAAUACCAAAACUGCUUAUGACUUCAUACUGUAAGCUACAAUCUAUUAUGAAAGCACUUAUACUUUAUUCUUAACAGCUACAGGUACAUAUUUUUCUAACUUAGAAUUAAUUUGCUAUAAUCGUUUGCAAAUAUAAUAAAACAAAAUAUUUUAAUAUUAUAUUCAGUAUAAUAUUAAUUUGCUAAUUGAGAACGAAAUAUAAUUAAAAAUUUUAUUCUAUUUGUAGAUUUAUGUUUUAUUUGAAUAUUCAUUUCAAUAUGUAUAAGAACUAUGUUUGAUAAGUGGCGCUACUGUAAUGUUAAUGUAACAUGUAUAUUUUAUCGAUUAGAACAAAAAAUUAUAUUUCAGUGAGCCUUUGAACAAUGGAUCAAAGCUGAGGAAUUAUAAUACAACAGCGUUACAUGCUAAACAGGCACA